AUGAGUUCCUCCGGCGGGGCUCAGCAGUGGGUCAGUCACCCUUCAAAGCUGCCCUCGGUCAAAGACUCUUGCACCAAGAAAUGUUGCUGUGACCAGAUCUGCCCCGUGUGCUUGAAGGGCGACACCAACCUCACCACGCACAGAAGCGACUAUCAAUCAUGGAACACAAACUUCUUGCGCCAGCCGUACAAACACCCGGACAAUUUCAAAAUUACCCAGGGAAUGAAUUUGGUCGACAAGGGGCAUGAGCCCAUGGAAAACCAAAGCAACUACAAACUGGCGUACCUUCCUCACCCACCGCAGCUACGAUCGAAACUGGACAUGCCGCGCAUUCAGGCCAGUAGCAUCCAACUCGGCCAACCUUGUCACGGCGUGGUCCACCAUCAAAGACCCUGGACAUCGGACGCAAAAUUAGGAAGAAACGGGAAAGACAAAGACACGUUCCUGUCCACGACGCACGCGGACUACAUCUGGCACCCGUUGCAAAGGACCUUGCCAAUAAUACAAGGACGCCAAAGCUCGGCGGUGAAAAGCAAAGCGCCUUUUGCGGGGACCACGACCAUGAGGGACGACUUCAAGAAAUGGGAUCUCCCACGGCGACCUUCUACAGCCCAGACAGACAAGAAGGACUGGACAAAAGGCUACUCUCAGAUUUCCUUCUCGACGUGCGCCAACAAGGCUAACCACUGCAGCAAGUGCUUCAACCACAGAGACAACAGUGUUUUUGAGUGCGGCAGGAGGAGGAGAGGGACGUGGAUUAGAAGCGAUGCGGCGAAAGAGCAAGGCCAGAGGGGUUGUUGCAUGCUCCACUCCAAACUCCCGCAGAGCUCCAGCUUCAGGAACAAGAACCUUUGA